AUGAGCAGCCCCCAGGUCACACCGCCGCCCCUGCCCCGCCAAGGGUCCCGCCCGGCCGCGUCCCCGGGCAUCGCGGGGCCCCGGGCAUCGCGGGGCCCCGGACAUCACAGCGCCCCGGGCAUCGCGGGGUUCCGGUCCGGAGCCCCGAGCCUGGUGUCUGUUGAGCACCUGCAGGUGCAGGCAGGGCUCUGGGUCAGGGAUGCAGCAGGGAUGCAGCAGAGGUCCCUCACAUAUGGCUGGCUCAGCCCUGGAGAUGCCAUAAUGGUGUCUGAUAGCCCUGGGAGUGACACGAUGCUCUCCAGUAACGAGCCCGACCCCGGAAUGGCCUCGAGGGAGAUGGACAUCGCCGUCAUUGCAGGCGUGAUCGCGGCCGUGGCCUUCGUGCUGGUCUGCCUCCUCUUUCUCAUGCUGCACUACAUGUACCGGCACAAGGGCACGUACCACACCAACGAGGCCAAGGGCACGGAGUUUGCCGAGAGCGCCGACGCGGCCCUGCAGGACGACCCGUCCCUCCAGGACAACGGUGACAGCAGCAGAAAGGAGUACUUCAUCUGA